AUGGGUUGUGCCGACAUCGCUCGGAAAAUCUCCCGUGCGAUUCAUCUCGCUCCCAACGCCGUUAUCGCCGCCGUGGCAAGCCGUUCAUUCGCCACCGCAAAUGGCUACCCUGAAUCGACCAAAAUCCAUGGCUCUUAUGAAUCGAUUCUCUCUAUGUUCCUCUACCCACUAGCCUCGACGUCGAGUAGGCUAUACGCGCCGCCGAGAAAGGGAAACACAUACUUCUGGAGAAACCCGUCGCCAUGA